CCUUUCUGUACCAGUUCACGUGUAUUUCAUCUUACAUAGUACAUACGAUACAUAUCAUAAUCUCGUAGUCAAGGCAUGGCCGAUGGUUUUUUAGCAGUUUCGUUUCAUGUGUAAUUUUAGUUGAAUUUUGUACAUGUGAGUGGUAUCAUGUUUAUCAAUUCGUGAAUUUUGAAGUUUGGUCUGGAUCUUGUGAUUUAGCACCCAUAUGAGAUCUACAACGAGAUCGUUUCGAGAAAAUUAUAAAUUACUAAAGAUUGGAUUGAAAUAAAGUCGUGUCGAGAACAAGGAAUGGCUAUUAAAAUCACUUCCGACGUGUAUGAUAUUUUGACUCCAGUACCCCUUGAAGAACUAUCGGCAAUCGUCAUCAGCCGGGAAAUAUGGCGCUGUGAAGUGAUGAAAUAUCGUUCGAGUGAUGAACCAUUUUACAAAUGGGAUCCAAUUCGACAGCGUAUUAAAGAAAUCUCAUUAGAAACCGUGCUCCCUGAUUUACGAUCCGUAAUUUACGAUGUGAUUCGUAAAUAUGUCAAAGAAUUUGGCUAUUCAUUGAGUCAUUGGCUGCAAAGUCAUCACGAAAGAGUAUUUCAUUUUCAUUACAACCAUGAGAACCACGUUUUGAAACACUUCCUAGAUUUUAUUUGCAAUUACCGUGGAAGUAUUCAUUACGCGAGGACAGCCGAACGUAUGAUGCAUUGUGAUCAAUUUAAUGUGCAGCAAAAGUUCAUGAUUGCUUGUACGUAUUUUUUUGAAGACGAUAUCAGACGACUUUGGCCAUUAGUAUCAGGAGACAUGGACUUGAAUGGUAUUAGUUUUUCUAAACACCCGCAACUGUAUUAUUGGAUUUGCUGUCUCAGAAAUGAAUUAGAUAAAAUACCAAUUUUUAGAAUGAACGAUACUGUCGACGAAGUGAUGUUAAAUAAAUUCAUGGCUCACAACAGACCAUCUAUAGAGUAUUUUUGGAAUCGUAUAUCAUCAGAAAAUCGAAAGCGAAAUGCCGUUAAGCUUUUAGAACGAGGAGAUGAUAUGCAUUCCUUUAUUCGGGUCAUUUUACCAAAAUUGGACGAACAAGAGCUCGAUGAAUUUAUCAAUGAAAGAAGUUACGAUCUGAUGCGUGCUUUAUGCAGAGAUCUUUGGUGCGAUGAAGAAUCCAUCCUUGAAAUUUGGAUGCAAAUUUGCCACACAGUGAACGAACGUGCUUUUACGAAGCUGGUCAGAAAAAUAUUACGUGCAGAGGUAGGGACUGAUCCGAUAGUUUGUGAAGAAGAUCGUCUUCGGGACUGGAGCUAUUUAGGCUGUGAAAUGUGGAAUAACGCUCCAGACAAGUUUAAAAGGGCAGCAGUCAGAGAAAUCAUAUCCAAUGACACAUUGUUUAAUAUUAGCUUUUUUGUAGGAAGAAGACGACUUCGAUUUAAGCGAAAAGAAUUCAGAUUCUUAAGGACUGUUCUGUCCCGCGCCUCUUCUCAGGAUAAAAGAACAUUCUGGUAUGAUUACUGGCGUAAUUUGAUUUACAAGGCAUAUGCUAAAGAUUUCAGAAAAAUAAUGAACCUAUGUCUUGAAAACGAAGAUGAGAUAAUUGAAUUUGCAAAAAACGUAUUGGUCAAAAAUAAACAUUUUCGGAAAGUGUGCAUCUAUCACAUGGAAGACGAAAAGUUUGCCGAGCUGGAUGAUUUUCUGAGCAUCGCAUGGCCAGAGAAUUUUAAAAAAACAUUAGCUGUUUUCUUUUAUCGUGCUCGGACUGCUCGGAAGAAAAAAAAUCCUGUUUUGAGUAAAAUAAAGCGAUUUGUUCGUAACAUGUGGAUCACGAUCAUGCCGCAAUUGCCGGAGCUAUCUCGUUUCUCCGUCUUCAUGAUAAUCAUGUUGUCAUUCCUGUUUCAGAUUUUUGUUCACGUUUUUAUAGUUUAUUUUGCGCAACCGAAAAAACUAUAUUAUUGUUCUCACUUUUUCUUCCGAGUUUUAACUUUUUUGGAUUUUUUAGUCUUCCAACUUUUAUGGCUUACUCGAGAACGAGAAAACACAGUAAGGCAAGAACUAUCUUGGAUCAGCGGACCCGCUGACCACUUGUUACUGGAAUAAUUCCUUACAAUUUUGUAUGGUUUCCGCCGAAAUGCGAUGAAGAUGAUGUUCUAUAAAAUUGAAAUCAAAUGUUUGUUAUUUUACUCAAUUAGGUACCUACAUAAAUAAGUAUACGUUUCACAGUGAUUAUCUAUCUGUUUAGGAUUGCAUACUUAGGUAGGUACCUAUAUAAUCUGUCUACUCUUCUCUGGUAAAGAAUGCUUAAUGUUUCGUGUUAUAGACAGUAAUAAGUUAUAUGUAAUUUAUUGUAUUAUAAUUUCUAUUGUUUCUUGAAAAAUAAAUCUCGAAUAUCUUUCUGUA